AUGGCGACAACAGCAGCACCAACAUAUUUCUCCUCGGCCACGAUCGAUGGCAGCAAUUUCGUUGAUGGAGCGAUCGGCGCGAACAAUCCAGUGAUACAGGUGGAGGAGGAAGCCGCAGACAUCUGGUGCGCAGAUACCGGCAACAUCAAGCCGCUCGUCAAAUGCUUCGUGUCAAUAGGCACUGGGCAUCCAGGUAUAAGGAGUAUCGCGGACAAGAGCCUCAAGCACCUUGUGGAAACGCUGCAGAAAGUCGCCACUGAGACAGAAGACACGAAUCAGCAAUUUGAAGCGAGGUGGAGAGAGUACAUGAUGAGUGGGCGAUGCUUUCGAUUCAAUGUCAGCAACGGGCUGGAAAACAUCAGGCUGGCAGAGUACGAAGAGAAGGAAUUAAUUAGACAGGCGACCAUGACGUAUCUGGAGAAGAGAGAGACAAUUGGGAGGGUUGUAGCAUGCGCAGAGAAUUUGAGGAAGAAGGAAUCAGCAUUCGUACAACAAAUGACAUACCACGACCGCGAGAGAACGCUCGUUCCUGGCAAGGCCACGGAGAUCGCCACCUCCUCAGAGAUCGUGGAGCUUAUCGCUCUCGGAAACUCAAACCUCAAGACCCCAUCCUCCCUACUUUCCACAGCCCACCUCCUUCGCGCACGCCACUACUUCUCCAAAGCCCUCCACUUCCUCCGCAACGACCCAUCAACAUCCAACAAGCAAGUUUCCCGCGUGUGCCAAAAGCUCAUGGAAACCAUGUUGCUUCUGAGUCAGAUAUCGCGUCCGGUCGCCGAGCGCAAAGAACACGCCGACCAAGCUCAAGGCUAUGGUGAAGUGGCGUUGGAGAAUGUGAUGAAAUGCGGCGAUGAGUGCAUGGUGGCGCAGGUCGAGUUUAUGCUGGCUUGUGUUACGGCGUGGAAGGUGUAUUUGAGGAUGAAGGGUGGUGAGGAGGGAGCAGGUGGAAGAGAAGGUGUGAGGGUGCUGAUGGAGUCGCGGUUGGGUGGUCUGAGGGCGUUUCCAAAGCUCCAGAUGGAGCACUAUGAGGGGCAAGCGAGGACUUACUUGGGUUAUCUAGAGUAA